AUGAUAACCUGUUCAUCAGUAAUCAACUCGACACAACAUUUGACCACCAAGUGUAUGAUUGGAUUAACCUUUUGGAUUUGCUGUUACGGUGUUAAUCCAUCCACACCCUGGAAUGAAUCAAUUUUUGCAUUCAUCUUACUCUUUACAGCCUCUUAUUUAACUGGAACAAUUAAUAAAUCGAUUUCCUCGUUUAUCCGAGAUCUGGCUCUCGGGAUAAUCCUACUUCGAGCAGGAUUAUCUCUUAAUCCAUCACGAUUACGUAAACUAUCAUGGCUUUGCCUUCGUCUUGCCGUGUUCCCCUGUAUAAUUGAGGCUUUUGUCCUUGCGAUAACAACUUACUAUAUAAUUGGUGUACCCUUUUUCUGGUGUAUGGUUUUAGGUUUUGUUUGUGUGGCCACUUCACCGGCGAUCAUUGUACCUUCAAUGAUUAACCUUCAACAGCAAGGUUACGGUAUCGAUAAGGGAAUACCCACCUUGGCCAUCGGUGGAUCAUCACUUGACGAUGUUCUGGCAAUCACUGGAUUUGAAGUGUUCCUUGGACUUGCAAUGUCCACCUCACCUUCAACCUCUUAUGCUUCAACUCUUCAAGGUCCAUUAGAAGCUUUUUCUGGUCUAAUUUUGGGUACAUCUUUGGGUUUACUUUUCUGGUUUCUACCUCCCAAUAAAACUUUAACUGAUCAAUCGGUAGCUCAUCUUAAUCAACCAACCCCAAGACUUAAUUCACUAUCUUCUCUUGAUCAUCAUCUUCCUUCAUUUAAUGGUCAUUCAAAUGAAACCAAGAUGAGACUUUGUUUAUUACUUUUCACUGGAAUUGGUUUCAUCUUUCUGACCAAAACUUUGACCAUUGAAUCAAUGGGUCCAUUGGGUACACUUUCAGUUGCUUUUGUAGCUGGACUUAGGUGGCGGAAAGAGGGUUAUCUUGACCUUAUUGUUAUCACCCUGAAAGAUAUUUGGUUUUUUUGUGAAUUUUUACUAUUUGCCCUUAUUGGUUAUGAGGUUUCAUUUGAAACUAUUGACCCUUCAACUCUCCUUUGGUCACUUUGUUGCCUUAUCAUUGGUCUUAUUGCUCGGACAUUAACAACUUUCACCGCCGUUUCUGGAGCUGGUUUAACCCGCAGGGAAAAAGUUUUCAUCUCCAUGGCUUGGCUAUCUAAGGGAACCGUUCAAGCAGCAGUUGGUUCAAUUCCCCUUGAAUUGGCUCGAUCUCGAUUUGAUCAACAAUUAGUUAAUUACGGUGAAAUUACCCUUAAUUAUGCUAUCCUUUCAACCAUUAUUUCAGCUCCAUUAGGUGCUUGGUUUAUCAACAUUUUCAGUUCUCUAUAG